CUCCCCGGUUUCCUCCCUUCUGAGAUAACCUCAACCCCAAUUAUUACAAUGUUUAUCCAGCUGUUACCCUUAAUCAUCAUCUUCUUCCUCACUCUCCCACUUCUCUGGUUCAUUCUCAACAAAGGCUCCAAAUCCCAGAAAUCUUCAACCAAGUCCGAUGUUUUACCCAAGCGUUACCCGAUAAUCGGUUCCAUUUUCGCCAUCGUAUCCAAUCAAAGCAACCGAGUCCAGUGGAUCACGCAGAUCCUCCAGAACUGCCCCUCUGCAACUUACACUCUCCACCUCGUCUUCGGCUAUCAUCAGAUCUUAACUGCUAACCCCGACAACGUCCAGCAUAUUCUCAAGACCCACUUCAACAACUACCCCAAAGGCUAUUUCUUUAUUAACGUUUUCUUUGAUUUUCUCGGCAACGGUAUCUUCAACGUCGAUGGGGAGUCUUGGAAGUUCGAGAGGCAAGUUUCGAGUCACGAGUUCAACACGAAAUCUCUUCGUAAAUUUGUGGAAACCGUUGUUGAUACCGAGCUUCACGACCGUUUGAUUCCGACGCUCUCCGACGCUGCUUCAGGGAAGACUGUUAUCGACUUGCAGGAUGUUCUUCAGAGAUUCGCGUUUGACAACGUUUGCAAGAUCGCUUUCGGGUAUGAUCCGGCCUGCCUUUUACCUUCUUUGCCGCAAUCCCAGUUUGCAGAUGCGUUUGAAGAUGCUACUCAUCUAAGUAGCCAAAGGUUCCGUACUCCUCUUUCUAUAACCUGGAGAAUGAAGCGAUUCUUCAAUGUUGGGUCCGAGAAGAAACUCAAAAUCGCCAUCUCCCAAGUCCGCGACUUUGCGAAGAAGAUCGUGAGGGAAAAGAAGCAGGAAUUGGCCAAUAAUUCGUCUUUGGAAUCGGUUGAUCUAUUAUCAAGGUUUUUAGCCUCCGGCCAUUCAGACGAGGAUUUCGCCACGGAUAUAGUAAUCAGCUUCAUACUCGCCGGUCGCGACACAACAUCGGCGGCAUUGACUUGGUUUUUCUGGUUAAUACACAAACACCCUGAAGUGGAGAAAGAAAUCCUCAAAGAAAUCAAAGAGAAAUCCGAUAUGCCGGUUUACGAGGAAGUUAAAGACAUGGUUUACAUUCACGCUUCGCUUUGCGAGGCCAUGAGAUUGUACCCUCCGGUCCCUACGGAUUCAAAACUGGCGGUGGAGGACGAUGUUUUGCCGGACGGGACGGUGGUGAAGAAAGGAACAUUGUUGACUUAUGCUCCUUACGCGAUGGGGAGGAUGGAGAAGAUAUGGGGAUCGGAUUGGGCGGAGUUCAACCCGGAGAGAUGGUUGCAAAGAGACGAGGCGGGGAAGCGGGGCUUUGUCGGCAGAGAUCCGUAUACUUAUCCGGUGUUUCAAGCCGGACCCAGGAUUUGUUUAGGGAAGGAGAUGGCAUUCUUGCAGAUGAAGAGGUUGGUGGCCGGUAUUUUACGGCGGUUCAAGGUGGAGUCGGCGGUGGAAGAAGGGUUUCAGCCGGUGUUUGUCGCCUAUCUUACUGCUAAGAUGAAAGGUGGCUUCCCGAUUAAGGUGGAGGAAAGGGGGCAGCUCGAUUAAG